UGCUAGAUGAACAAGCCUGUCCUGGAUAUCCAUUCUAUUUAUAGAGUCUCUCUACUUCUGAUCUCUGGGAGAAAGCUGGUUGGAGGACAGGAGGAGACAAGGGUAGACAUGGGUUUGAAGGAAGAAUUUGAUGAGUACGCUGUGAAGGCAAAGACUCUACCUGAGAACACAACUAAUGAGAACAAGCUCAUUCUCUAUGGGCUUUUCAAGCAAGCAACCGUUGGACAAGUGAACACCAGCCGACCUGGGAUGUUCAGUAUGACGGAGAGGGCAAAGUGGGAUGCAUGGAAGGGAGUGGAAGGAAAAUCAAAGGAUGAAGCCAUGAGUGAUUACAUCACCAAGGUGAAGCAGUUGCUGGAAGAAGCGGCUGCCUCUGCUUGAUGUUUAUUUCAAGAUCCUGGACUGAAA